AUGGUGAGCCAGCUUGUUUGGAAGCGGGCUUCUGCCUCUCGUGGGCUGGCACGGCUGUCCCCGCAACGGCUCUUCGCCCGUGGCCUGGCCACCGAGGCCUCCUCCUCCCGCAUGCCCCCCUACCCCAAGCUUGUUCGCAAUCUUGAACAGGUCCGCCGAGUUUUGGGAUCCGAUCGGGCCCUUACCCUUGCCGAAAAGAUCCUCUACUCUCACUUGGACAAUGCCGAGGAGUCAUUGCUCACCGGUACCAACAAUGGCCGUGAUGUUCGAGGCAAGGCCAACUUGAAGCUGAAGCCCGAUCGUGUCGCCAUGCAGGAUGCCUCUGCUCAGAUGGCCCUGCUUCAAUUCAUGUCCUGUGGUCUCCCUUCGACUGCCGUUCCCGCCAGUAUCCAUUGCGACCACAUGAUUGUUGGCGAGCGCGGUGCCGAUACCGACUUGCCUUCCUCGAUCAAAGGUAAUAGCGAGGUCUUCGACUUUUUGGAGAGUGCUGCCAAGCGCUACGGUAUCGAGUUCUGGCCCCCCGGUGCCGGUAUCAUUCACCAGAGCGUCUUGGAGAACUACGCCGCCCCUGGACUGAUGAUGCUCGGUACUGAUAGCCACACUCCUAACGGAGGUGGUCUGGGUGCCAUUGCCAUUGGUGUCGGUGGUGCCGAUGCGGUUGAUGCUCUGGUUGACGCGCCUUGGGAGCUGAAGGCCCCUAAGGUUCUUGGUGUGCGCCUCGAGGGCCAGCUCAGCGGAUGGGCUUCCCCCAAGGAUAUUAUCAUGUCUUUGGCCGGUAAGCUGACCGUCCGCGGUGGUACUGGUUACGUUAUCGAGUACCACGGCCCUGGCGUUGAGACCCUCAGUUGCACUGGUAUGGCUACAUGCUGUAACAUGGGUGCUGAGGUCGGUGCUACCACCUCACUGUUCCCCUUCUCGCCUAGCAUGAUUCCUUACCUGCAGUCUACUCACCGUGGUCAUGUUGCCGAGGCUGCUGCCGAGGUUGCUGCGGCGGGCCCAUCUAGCCUGCUGCGCGCCGAUACCAAGGCCGAGUAUGACCAGGUCAUCACUAUCAACCUUUCCGAGCUUGAGCCUCACAUUAACGGACCAUUCACUCCCGACCUGUCGGUUCCCCUGUCCAAAUUUGCCGAAACCGUCCGCGAGAAGAACUGGCCCGAGACAUUCGGUGCUGGUCUGAUUGGUAGCUGCACCAACUCUUCUUACGAAGAUAUGACCCGCGCCGAGCACCUGGUCAAGCAGGCUACCGCGGCGGGCUUGAAGCCCAAGGCGGACUUCUUCAUUACUCCCGGUAGCGAGCAGAUCCGCGCCACUCUCGACCGUGAUCAGACCCUGAACACUUUCUCCGAAGCCGGUGGCAUUGUUCUUGCCAAUGCCUGCGGUCCCUGCAUUGGUCAAUGGAAGCGCACAGACGGUGUGCCCAAGGGCGAAGACAACGCCAUCUUCACCUCAUACAACCGUAACUUCCCUGGUCGUAACGACGGUAACCGCCAGACAAUGAACUUCCUUGCCUCCCCCGAGCUGGUCACUGCGCUCGCCUACUCCGGCAGCACCACUUUCAACCCGAUGACUGACUCCCUCACCGCACCGGAUGGUUCAACCUUCAAGUUCGAGCCCCCAAGCGGCUUCGACCUUCCCAGCGCCGGUUUCGAAGAAGGAAACCCCAACUUCCUUCCCACAGCCGCUGUCCCCGACGCAAGCGCCGAGGUUAUUGUCUCCCCCACCUCAGACCGACUUGCCCUCCUUGAGCCCUUCGCUCCCUUCCCUAAGGGUGAGCUCUCCGGCCUCCAGGUUCUUUACAAGGUCAAGGGUCAAUGUACAACCGAUACUAUCUCCGCCGCUGGUCCCUGGCUCAAGUACAAGGGUCACCUGCCCAACAUUUCUGCCAACACCCUCAUCGGUGCCGUCAACGCUGCCACCGGCGAGACCAAUGUUGCCUACGACGAGGCUGGCAAGCAGUACGGUAUCCCCGAGCUUGCCGAGCACUGGAAGGAGCGCGGUAUUGAAUGGCUCGUCGUUGCAGAGGACAACUACGGCGAAGGUUCCGCCCGUGAGCACGCUGCUCUGCAACCUCGCUACCUCGGCGGCCGCGUCAUUGUUUCCAAGAGCUUCGCCCGCAUCCACGAGACGAACUUGAAGAAGCAGGGUGUUGUGCCUCUUACAUUCGCCAAUCGCGAAGACUACGAUCGCAUCGAUGCUUGCGAUAAGGUCGACACCGUUGGUCUGUACGAUACUCUGCAGGCUGGUGGACAGGGUGAGAUCCAGCUUCGUGUUACCAAGCAGAAGACUGGCGAAUCUUUCCUCGUUCCCGUUCAACACACUCUCAGCAAGGACCAGAGUGCUUUCAUUCUUGCUGGUAGUGCGCUCAACUUGCUUGCCAAGAAGGCUAAUGCGCAGUAA